CUGUUGAUUCGGCCUUGCGAGCUGCGAUAACACAGCUGAAGAGGAUUUUGACUAGGGAAUUGGGGUAUGGCGCCGAGAGCAGAUGCGCUCACGGCGGAGAAGUAUCUUGAGUAUGCGUACAAGAAGGUGAAGGCGGAGGAUACCUCUGCCGCCAUCAUCUUGUUUACAAAGGCCUUUGAAAAGCUAAAACAACAAGGCAAACCAAUCCCCGCAACACACUUAGACUACCGCGCGUCCUGCUUCGAGAAAGAAAAAGAAUACGACAAGGCGCUGCGCGACGCGCUGACAAUCACGCAGCUGUACCAGCGCGAUAUCAAGGGAUAUCUGCGCGCGGGGAAGAUAUACCAGCUGAAGAAGGAGGAUGUGGAGGCGAUGAGGGUGUAUAAGGUCGGGUUGGAGAAGGUGCCGGAGUCGCAUAGGUUGACGAACUUGAUGAAGGAGAUGUAUGCGCAGGUCGAGUCCAGAGUGAAGAGAGCGAAGAAGUUGGCGGUGGUUUCUACAGACGCAGCGCAGAGCAGACGGGUGAGUAUAGAUGAAAAGCGAGAGCUGGAAGGAUGUGCGCAGGCGGGAUCCGGGCAUUCGCGACAGACAAGCGGGAGUCACAGUCGACAGCCAAGUGGAGGUCGCGCGCGCCAGAUCUCUGGAGGCCACUCUCGCCAGACAUCUGGAGGCCACUCUCGCCAGACAUCUGGAAGUCACUCUCGCCAAACAUCCCGUACAGGAUCACUACCGCCGCAGCGCCCUCCUAUAGACCUUCUCCAACUUCUCCCCCUCGAGCUCGUCGAGCAAGUCUUCAGCCACCUCCCAUUCGAAGACAUUCUCCGCCUCCAAACCGUCUGCAGAUCAUGGCGACAAUAUAUCGCCUACACGCCGCAGCUCUGGUCGCGCGUCGACUUCCGCUCGUGUCAGCGCCAGUGGAUAUCCGCGCAAACCCUGCAGCUCUAUCUCUCCCGCGCGCACGGCGGCACGACAGAGCUGCAUCUCCGCCGCGUCAGGUCGAGUGCCGUCGACAGGGUGAGCUCGAUAAUCAGCGAGCGGUGCACACAGAACCGGCUGCGCGUGCUGACCGCCGACGCGAUGUGCCAGCCGUUUGCGAGUCCGAGCCCGGGACUCGUAUGGGAGCGGUUCGAUAGUCUGAGGACGCUGCGGCUCGCAUUGGCGUAUAACAACUCGGUGAUGUCUGAAGUCAUCGUGAACGGCCGGUUUCCAAGCCUGCAGACGCUGCACUUGUACGCAGUCGAGCCGACCGAUCGGUUUCUGAAUACUCGGAUUCCCAUCGAUCUAUUUCACCCUGUGCGGCUAGCAACGCGCCGAGGCGCAAAGCUGGUGCAAAACGCGAAUCUGCAACAUCUAGUGCUGGACGCGCGGUUUAUCAACGUCAACCUGCCUCCAGAUUUCGGCCUGCUGGUCGCGCUGUGGCCUAAUCUGCGCACGUUGUGGCUUCUUCGUUGUUUUAUCGGCACGGAUGAUUCUGCGGAAAUGAGGAUUUCGAUAGACAAGAGUUGUCCGAUUCGGCUGAUGCUGCAUGAGACGAACAAGCAGCUUCUCGAUCUGAACCUGUCGGGGUCGAUUCUCCACGCGAUGCCGUCUCUACCACCGAGUUGCCAAAAGCUGGUGCUAAGCAAAGCUGAGGGUCCAGGCGCGAUUCCACGAUGGUUGGAAACCGAAAGCGAGGGCGGCGAGAGGGUCGGUUAUAGCAGUGUCCAAGUACUUGAGGACGAGGAUCCCUACGAUGUCGUGCAGGAUGAAUAUAAAGGACUACGGCACCUCGAUCUUUCGUACGGCGGCGAGAGACUGACCAGCGAGGUGUUUGUGAAUGUGCUACAGCGCGUCGACGGCACGAGACUCACGCGGCUUGAUAUCCAGAGCUGUUCCAGGCUGGAGACGGACGUGGUUGACAGAAUAGUCGAGCUGGCUCCUCACCUGCGGAUCCUCCUCAUCGGACUCAAUUCGUGGCUGAAAGACGAUUCACUCGCGACCCUGCACCGGCUACGAGAGCUCGAAUACCUCGACAUCUCCAGCACGUACGUGGCCUUCAUCGGGAUAGUCUGUUUACUAGGCGGCCCGGACCGCGACCGCGACGGCAAGCGGAUCAGCAUGGCCGCGCUCACGAGCCGGAUCGAGGGGAUGUACGGGAUCGAGCAGCAUAGGCGGAUGGACGGGCGACGGAGGUUGAGGACGUUGGUGAUGAAUGGGUGUGAGCGCGUGAGCGUGGAUGUGGGAAGGUGGGUGCGCGGGUUGGGGGUUACGGUUGAGCAUGAUAUUUCUGGGAUGUAUGAGUAUGGGCAGAAAAGGCGGAGAGUACAGUAGAUCUUGAUAUAGCAAGAGUACAGUAGAUCUGCUUGAUAUAGCAAGAAUACAGUAAAUUCACAAAGUCCACAUCUAUAUAUCGGGGGUCUCCCUCCCACAACGACAACCCACAAAGUCAGACCCGCCCGACACACUUUUCUUUCCUUUCCGUUCGGCCUUUUCUUUUUAAUUU